AUGGGGUUUAACCACUGCAUUUACGUCUAUCCAUUGGUGGCCAAGAGCCUAAGUUCCAUAUAUCGCUCUCAGUAUUCCUCGAACAAGCUCGACAUGAAACACCUCUCCAACCUCCAUAAUGACCUGAGCGACAGAUUCAUUGAUCUGAAGCAGAUGAACUUCCCUUCUUGGAUUGCUCAGCCAUUUCUCUUUAACUGGGAAAAUAAUGACUGCCUGGAUAAAAUGGAGUCUGAUCAGAUCGACGAGCUAAUGGACAUGCAAAAUGAUGACAGUAUGAAACGAUGCAAGCUUCAAAACAACACUUCAUGUGGCUGGAUCCCCAAGUUGUUGUCAAAUAAAAAAAAAAUAGCUAUAGAGGCUCAGCAAGUGCUUUUGCCCUUCCCAGCAACAUACUUGGUUGAAUGUGCCUUUAGUGCUGUAAUGGAUAUGUUGACUAAAAAACGAGGACGUCUCAACAUUUGUGAGCGUGGUGACCUUGGAGCAAAACUUACUGGAUUUGUUCCUCGGUUUUCUAGUUUAGUUUCUCUGCACGCAGGCCAAAGUGGGCAUUAA